AUGAAGACCACCUAUUCGCUGGUCGGCCUCAGACGUUGGUCAUGUAAGAGCAAGGAAUUACCUCUUGUCCCCACAAUCAAAGCUAUCCAUGUUUACGAUUUCGACAACACUCUCUUCAACAGUCCCUUGCCAAACCCCCAAAUAUGGGCACAACCCACGGUGGGCCUGCUUCAAACAUACGACACUCUCGCAUACGGAGGGUGGUGGCAUGACAACAGCAUCCUGGCAGCCACGGGAGACGGCCUUGAGGCCGAAGAACCCCGCGCAUGGGAAGGUCACUGGAAUGAGACUGUGGUCCAGCUCGUCGAGCUGAGCAGUCAAACCAAGGAUGUCCUCACUGUCUUGCUCACCGGGAGGGGAGAGACCUAUUUCGCGGAUCUGGUCAACAGAAUUCUUAACUCGCGGAAACUCGACUUUGACAUGGUCGUCCUUAAGCCGGAGGUGGGUCCAUCGAGCCAGCAAUUCGAGAGUACCAUGGCGUUCAAACAGGAGUUCCUCAAAGAACUGGUCUUCAGCUAUAAGAAUGCGGAUGAAAUCAGGAUUUAUGAGGAUCGUCCCAAGCACGUCAAAGGCUUCAGGGACUAUUUUGAGCGUCUGAACAAAUCAUUUCUGUCACAUCCAGUCGACCAACCGCCUCCGCCUAGGAAGCCCAUCACGGCGGAAGUGAUCCACGUCUGUGACCUGAAGACGACUCUGAAUCCAGAGACCGAAGUCGAGGUCGUCCAGCGAGCCGUCACUCGCCACAACGACGCAAUCUCCAACGGGGUUCCGACUCUGACCAAGACUGUUCGCAAGCACCUGAAGAUCGAUCAGCAGUUUUGCUACUUUGGCUACAUGAUCAACCAAACUGAUUCUGCCCGCCUCCUGACACUGUUCAAUAUCAACGCUGGUAUGAUUGACUCCGGUGAAGUCCGUCUCUUUGCGUCGAGCAUCCUCAUAACGCCCUACUAUCCUCGGAACGAUGUUCUCAGGAAGGUUGGCGGGCGCGGGAAGAAGGUCACUUGGCAGGUUACUGGCAUCGCCAAAUAUGAAGAGCGUAUCUGGGCUGCCCGUGUCGCGCCAGUAUCUGAAACACAGAUAUAUACGCAAGAUCCCACACCUCUUGUUGUGCUAGCCGUCCGAAAGGGGUCCAGGCAGAUCGACGCAGCGAGAAUACAGUCUUGGCAAUCUGUUCCUCCGGACAAAGCCUUCAUGUUCGAGACCACAGUCGCCGACAAGGUCAUGCUGAAGAUCGAAGACGACCACUCCCGUGGACAACGUUGGCCAGGAGGCAACCGGCGGGGACAUUUUGCCAAUGAUGCCGAUACGGGACACAAGCGGAAAUAUGCUCCUGAUGAAUCCAUCUUGCGGAAUAGAGAUUCCUAUGCACGGGUUGCCGCUGGAAGCGACAGAGACGAUGGCAGUUAUGUUCCCAGAGGAGGGCGGUUUGCGCAACGCAACCAGCAAAGCAAAGCCCACUUCAAUAACCGCAACAACCCAAACUUGUCUGGGAACAGGGGAAGUAAUCAAGGCGCAAACACCAACUCGAAACCACGCGGUGGUGGCCAAGGGGGAGGUUCAAACAGAGGCAGGAACAGCGGUCCUGCUGGUGGAGGUGGCGGCCGAGGAGCUCCAGCGUACAGAAGUCUCGACGACUAUCCACCAGGAAACUUUGAUGGAGCCAAUGAUCCGAAGACCGGGUCAGGCGAGAUGGUUAUGAAUUAUUAG